AUGGCAGAAAGAUUUGUGUCUCCUAAUCCAUUCAAUAAUAGCGCUAAUCAAACAUUAUUAAAAGUGCUUAAUCAUGAAAAAUUUAAUAUUUCAGAUUCACUAGAGACUUAUAAAAAAAGGAUUAAGCCAUAUAUGCAAG